UGACAUUUUAUCGAUUCUACUUCCUGGACACACUUUAUUCUAAAUGCUCAAAUGUCGCAGUGAUCUUCACCAAAUGCAACGCGCUAUGAGUAUUUCUACCACAUAUUUUUACGAGAAGUGCUAUUUUGUUUAACAUUCACCACGGUUUGCUUACAAGUUCGGCUAAAGAAGGUCAGACCGCUUCGUGGCUAAUCAUUUGCUAGCACAGGCUAUUUAUUUACCUUGACAUCCCGGACGCGGCUGUUGGCUUGUUGUGGCUGGAUCUCCUCGCCUUUAAGUCGUUAUUCUGUGGUAAAUUAAUUGAUUAGGAUAUCUUAAAACAUGGCUAAAUUGCUCUCAUUGAAAAGCAUUAGCUGUAUCGAGAAAUGUGGAUGUUUGAUGCACGCAAGAGCAAUAAGUAUCAAUGCACGGAAAUACAGCAGCCAGCAUUCUGACUAUCUGCACAGGAGUAUUGUGCCGUCAAUGCACUACCAGAAGAGUCUGCCCAGGUUACCAAUACCCAAACUAGAGGACACUAUUAGAAGAUAUUUAGCUGCUCAGAGACCUCUUCUGGAUGAUGACCAGUUCAGAAACACAGAGAAAAUUGCAGAAGAUUUCAAGAAUGGAGUGGGAAAGCAACUGCAUGAAGAACUGGUUGCUCAGGACAAAAAUAAUAAACACACAAGCUACAUCUCAGCACCUUGGUUUGACAUGUACCUCUCUGCACGGGAAUCUGUCGUCCUCAACUAUAACCCCUUCAUGUCUUUCAAUCCUGACCCCAAACCAGAAUACAACGACCAGCUCAUCCGCGGCACCAACAUGGUUUGCUCCGCUGUUCGCUUCAUGAAAACACUAAGAGCAGGAGUACUAGAACCCGAAGUGUUCCACCUGAAUCCUGCUAAAAGUGACACAGACCAGUUCAAAAAGUUCAUCCGCUGGGUUCCCUCUUCGCUGUCAUGGUACGGGGCCUACUUGGUCAACGCAUAUCCUUUAGACAUGUCCCAGUAUUUCCGGCUUUUCAACUCUACCAGAUUGCCAAAACAAGGAAGAGACGAACUGUUUACGGACGAGAAGGGGAGACAUCUUUUAGUGAUGCGGAAAGGCAACUUGUACACGUUUGAUAUUGUCGAUCGCGAUGGAAAUAUGGUGAAACCGGCAGAGAUUCACUCCCAUUUGAAGUACAUUUUGUCAGAUGAAACCCCAGCAGCUUCCAGUCCGAUUGGUGUCCUAACAAGUGAGAACAGAGACGUGUGGGCAUGUUUAAGGGAGAAACUAAUCGCCAGUGGCAAUGGAGGACUUUUGCAGACUGUGGACAGUGCAUUGUUUUGCCUCUGUCUUGAUGAUCAAGCUAUGAAGGACCAUAUUCACAUUUCUCACAACAUGCUUCAUGGAGAUGGGUGCAAUCGCUGGUAUGACAAGUCCUUCAGUAUCAUCAUCGCAAGAGAUGGAAAUGCAGCGAUCAAUUUUGAGCAUUCAUGGGGAGAUGGAGUGGCAGUGCUGAGAUUCCAGAAUGAAAUCUUCAAAGAUACAACGGAAAACCCAAAUGUGAACCCUGGCUCUGCUCCUGCCACUGUAGAUUCGGCCUCUGCUGUCCAAAGAUUGCAGUUUAACUUAGACGGUGAAUUGAAAAGUAGUAUUCAAAAGGCCAAGGAGAAUUUUGACGCAGCCGUAUCAAAGCUGACCAUAGAUGCAAUGGAGUUUAAAAAGGGAGGCAAAGAGCAGCUGAAAAAGAGCAAGUUGAGCCCAGAUGCUAUCGCUCAGUUGGCAUUCCAGAUGGGGUUUUUGAGGCAGUAUGGACAAACCGUAGCCACGUAUGAGUCUUGUAGCACGGCUGCCUUUAAACAUGGCCGUACAGAGACAAUAAGACCAGCCACCAGUCACACCAAAUGCUGCUCUCACGCUUUUGUCCAUGAGCCGGGGAAGCACAGUGUAGAGGAGCUGAGGGCCAUGCUGAACGAGUGCUCCAAGUACCACGGACAGCUCACCAAGGAGGCAGCCAUGGGCCAAGGUUUUGACCGCCACCUCUUUGCCAUGCGGUACUUGGCCAACUCAAAGGGGCAGCCUCUGCACAGCCUGUACACAGACCCCGCCUACAGCUCCAUCAACCAUAACAUCCUUUCCACCAGCACCCUUACCAGUCCCGCGAUGAGUCUAGGAGGGUUUGCUCCUGUGGUUCCGGAUGGAUUUGGUGUGGGCUACGGAGUUCAUGAUGACUGGAUUGGCUGUAACGUGUCCUCAUACCCGGCUCGAAAUGUGCAUGAGUUUCUCCAAUGUGUCCACAAGUCAUUAGAGGACAUUUUCACAGUUUUGGAAGGAAAACCAUUGAGCUAACUAAUCUGAAAAGCUAGAAUACUGUAUAAACAGGUUAUUAAAACAAAACAUUUUAAAGUGAAUGGAAAAUGAACAUACACAUUUUCACUCCAGAAGAUUGUUUCUGUACUGUAAUAAUUUCUUUGUGCAUUUAGACUACAGCAGUAAAUUAACGGUUUUAAAAGUGCCUUAUCCAACUUUCUGCAUCUUAAAGCAAAGUAUUGUAAUGUCAUGUAAAAUCAUAAUUACUUGUCAGCCUUACGGGUUUGCGUGAAUAAAAAUAAGUUUUCUUUACAAA